CAGUGAAGCCGUAGGGCUUAAAGGCCUAUCAUCCUGGUUUUACUUCUCUAAGCGAAAAGCUCUCCCAUCUCUCACACAAUCAAGUAAAACAGAGAAAAAUAGCGGAGAAGAAACCAUGGCUGCACCUUCAACCCAUAAUAGAGCGGGUUCAGGCUCUGGCAGACCCCACCCUUCUCAGUCUCGCCCACAAAACCAACCUCCUCGCCCCCGCUUCGAACCCGUCGACCGCGAAAAGACUUGCCCUUUGUUGCUUCGAGUUUUCACUAAGAUAGGAAGUCAUCAUAGCGUGGAAGACUUUGCAGUUAGAGGCAAGGAACCCAAAGAUGAGGUUCAAAUUUAUACAUGGAAAGAUGCGACUCUUCGGGAAUUAACUGAUCUAGUUAAAGAGGUUGCUCCAGAGGCAAGGAGAAGAAAUGCAAAGUUGUCAUUUGCUUUUGUAUAUCCUGAUAAACGUGGUCGAUUUGUGCUGAGACAGGUGGGGAUGACUCAUUCUUAUGGAAAUGGGAGACGACUUGAUGACAGUAAAGCAUUGGCGGAACUCAACUUUGAGAUUGGAGAUUACUUGGACGUAGCUAUCUUGUAGAAUAGAAGCUCUUCUAUGCAUUAAGCAGCAAUGGAGUUACAUUAAUACAUCCAUCAAUUUAUUGUUGGUUUGUAAGGUGUGUGCUGUACUCUUAGAUAUAUUUUGACUUGGAAUGCCCAUUUCUAAGAUGACAUAUGUCUAUAGGAUUUAUUUAGCUCCCUUUGAAUGAGUUGGUGUCGUAACAUAUGUUGUAAGGAUGCUGGACCCUGUAUUUGCUUUUAUCAUUCAGACAGAAUAUUUUAAGUUUUAUGGAUUCUGUUUUGCCUUUUUUAA